UCAAGUAGGUCUCUCAUCUGUUCACCCUCAUAUAAUGUACUCUGUGAUCUAAAAUAUUUUUUUUAUUGAAUUAGUUUUAUGAAUCUGAACUUAAAAAUUCAAUAUCAAUUUUCAUUGUUCUAGUCAGAAAUUUCUCUAACUUUUUACGAGCUUCUGUGCCAUGCCAAAGAAAAAAGGACAUAAAAAGGCCAAACAAUUAUCAAUUUCUCAGCAAAUAAAGGAGAAUCAACAUGAAGACGAUAUUGUUAAUGAGGAAGAUAAGGAUCAAAAAAAGUUGAAAACUAAAAACCUUCACAAAUCUCAAACUGAUACUGGUUUAGUUUAUCCAGAAAUUGUAUGGUAUUUGAUAUCUGCUUUUAUUGAACCAAAAGACAUUCCCACCUUCUCUGCUAUCAACAAAGCAACUUAUUGUAUAACUAAACGAGAAUCCUUUUGGUAUUCAAUAUAUAGACGAUACUGUAAAGGCCACAAGCUUUUACCUGAAAGAUUGCAUAUUGAUGAGACCUACAGAGCUUAUGGAUUGCGUCAAAGAGUAAUAAGAGCAUUAUAUUGUACAUAUGGGGACUUUGUAGAUAGAGCUGGACAGUAUGAGGAGUAUAAAAUACCACCACAUAAAUUGUUGAAACAAAAGUGUGUCAGCGUUUGGUAUUCCAAGGGUCAGUUGUACUGGAACAUAUAUAUUAAAUUUAAGAAGAGUGUGAUUAGGCCAUUAACUACAUUUGAAGAUGAAGGCAGGGUUUGUGCCAAUCCUGAAGAAGAUAACAUAGUUCUACAGAUUUGUAGUAAACAUGUCUACAACAUUCCACCAUUGAUGGGUAUGACCUUAUCAAGUUUUUGUUUGUCAUAUAUGUCACCAGGACUCAAACUUCAGUUGGGCUUUAGAAGUCCUCCUGAGGCAAUUUCAAAUUUCCAGGCAUUGCGUCAUGUUGUACUGGACACGGUUUGUAAGUGGAAUAUUUAUGAAUGGUGGCAUCCAAAAUAUCCACAUUUUGAAGUUAAGCCUCCUCCCUUAAUGAAAGAUGAAGAAUCCUUACCAAUUUUAGACGUUGACUUUUUUGAUUUGACUGAUGAGGAUUAAAUGGUAAGUACACUAAACAGGAUAUAUUUCCAUGGUUACAUUUUUUAUACAUGUUGUCGACAAGGAAA